GAGAACGAGGAUUUUUCCCUCCUGCUUUUUUCUCUCUUCUUCCUCGACUCCAGAAUUACAGAGAACGGCGGGCUUUUCCUGUCUUUCGCACAGCCCAGUAAAACGGCGUUUGUUUGUUUUUUAACCACGGGUCCGAAGACGCCGACAGUGAAGUUUUCUGCUCUAGGACGUCGCAAUGUCGAGCAAAAUGGAGCAGCUUAGCUGGUUAUCACAAAGCACGAGAAACCGGAGUGACAUUUCAGGGACCACUCACAUAACGCAAUCUCUUUACAACUCCAUUUCUUCAUUUCUCCGUGACACUGAAAGUGAGCCCACCUUAAAUGAAGAGUCUCCUAAAGAAUCUGCCUCAGAUAGGAUUUUAAGCCAUUGCUUUAAACAGUAUAAACUGAGAAAUGAAUAUCCCUAUUUUUCCCUUAAAUUGAGACCAAAUAGAUUUGGCCCACCUAAACCAAGACGGCGUAUUCUUAUUGCACCACCUAUGGACAGUGUGGCUCCUAGUAUUCACAAGCCUUGGCCACCUGUCCCCAGUGAAGUGGAGAAAGUUCAGCAGCUGACAGCACCUCCGGAAGCCCAGGACAGCAUUUCCACUGAGGAGAGUGACCUGCUAAGUAUGGAAGCUUGGAUUAAGGAGCGAAAACAACUGCGUAAUUUGUUGGAGGACUGUGUAAAUCUGGAGGAAUGGUUGACUGAAAAGAAGCCUCUCACUCAGCAAGAAGAAAGCAUCCUGAGGAAAAUAAAAAAAAAAAGAGAAGAGGCUAAAAUUCAAGCCGAAUUGCAGGCUCUCCAAUGUGUUAAGAUCCCACCGAAGAUUGAACCUGUGAAAACUAUACCUCUUAUUCAGGCUCCAUAUCCACCAUCUAUUAUUACACUACAAAACCUUCUGCAUAAGCAAAAACUCAAGCUUGUGGAUCUCUUCAAAAAAGCUGACAGGAGCAGGGCAAUGAAGUUCAAAAGAGUGGAUUUCCUUAGAAUUAUCCAGGAGACAAAGGUGCCUAUCAGUAAAAGUGACUUAGAAGAAAUCAUUGUCUUUCUCACCGUUUCAAAGAAAGGACAUAUUAUAACUGGGGCUGACUUAGCUGAAUGUCAAAGAUUAUGGCUAGAUAAUAUGAAGGAGAACUGGAAACAGCCAAAGCAAGAGCUGUUGCCUGUGGCAACAUCUUCAUCCAUCACUGCAAAAGGAGAUAUAAUUCCUCCUGCCAAGUCCAGUAUAUCUUCUCAGGUAACUUGUGAACCUAAGUCAAACCAUUUGCAAGUUCCUCCCAUCAACACUGAGCCAGAUCGCAGGCACUUAACUUAUAGCCAAAUGGAAAUAGUUGGGAAGAGAUACAAGGAAACCAGACGGCGGCUAAAGAGGAAGACAACUCCAUUAGACUUUGCAGAACAGUGCAGACUAGUGAGGUCUGGAGACCCAGUUGUCGAUAGUCACUGCUUGCCAAGCUCCCUAGAGGGUGAAAUGGGAGAAUUGGUAGACCAGCACCGACUGGCAUGCCACUAUGUCUACUGUCAGUGUAUCAAGCUUUGCAAAAAAUAUGGAAUUCCAAUUUCAGAAAGAGCACUAAAAAGAGGUCUGCUGUACGCAGGAGACAGGCUCCUGAAACUCGGAAAGGACACCCGGAAGUUGAGGCAGCCAGGGGGAUAUAUUGACAAUUCUGUUUAUCUGGGGCAAUCAUCUGAUGCGGACAGCUCCUCCAAGGAGGAAAGAAAGCCAAAACCAAUUAAGAAAACAGUCAAAAAGCCGCCUCGGGCCUGCCGCUGGAAGUCAUUUAGGGAAUUUAAGAAACUGAUGAGUAAACACUCCAAAAGAAUAUAUCCCCCAUCGGAUAUUUGGAAUGAGAAAUUUCUUGAUGAGAAUUUGCCUGAGGGUCUAGAUGAGUUUACAAAAAAAUACAUGGAAAGAGAACUGAGGAGAAUGUAUUACUACCUGAAUCCCUUGACCAACCCUAAUAAUUUCUGGCCGGGGCAUCUCCUUGAUAAGCUGCACUUGUAUCUACUUGAACCAAGAGAGGAUAGAAGUGAAGUUCUGUUCAGUUGUGUCUCUCACACACGCCCGGUCAAUCCUGGUAUUAACGUUCCACGUCGCAACUGGCCAGUCAACAACAAGGGGUACAUGACCUUAGGGGAUCCAGAAACUCGCAAACAUAACUAUUACAUUUGAUGGCCUUUCUGAAGAACUUGACCAAGAAAGCUGCUCCAUUGGACUAAUAGAGGGUCAUAGUCCUAUAUAUACACAAUAUGACAAAAUUAUGGCUUAGUGAAAGGGGCUUUCAAACAAUCAAUUUGUAUAUAGUUUAAGUGUGUUGUGUGAAUGACCAUGCUACUGAUUUUCAAUGAAAGGUUUGGAUGUCUGGGUUUUUUGGGAAACAGGUUUGCUUCUAUUCCCUCCUUAGAAACAGAGAGAGGUACACAAAACAGGAAAUAUGCAAUUUUUUCAACGGAUGGGAAAUUGGUAGCGUUCUAAAAUGAGAUUACGGUGCCCAUUAGCUUUGACAGUCAAACA